GCUGUUACGCUGGUAUACUCCUCUCCUCUGCUGGAUGCCUCUAACCUACACUGCUGGUAGUUCCCUUAUGGAACCAAUCAUUAUCUGGCUUUACAGUAAGGAUAUGGACCACCCCUCUCUUUAGUCUAGAGUGGACUGAUCCACUCCACUCUAUCUUAACCCGGUCAGUCCUCUGAGCUCCAGACAGACACAGCGACCAGGAGAUGUGUUAUAAUAUUAACAGGGUUUUUAAAGCUUCAGUUUGUCUGCAGUAAAAGUUGCCCGUUUCUUUCAGGACCAAGCUGUUGUUUCUUUCUCUGUGACUGUUGUUUUUAUUUGAUUGCUAAUUUAUUUUCUAUUGGUCAUCCUGUCUUCUGAUAGGUUGUUAACCAGACCUCCUCCUCUACACCAUCCAAUCACGUUGUUUGUAUUGCCUCUCUCCUUCAUAUCAACCACCUCCAUUAACAACAGGUACCUGAUGUAAUUCAGAGCUGGGUAGGCGGAGCUUACACCUCAUGGCCAAUAGAACAGUUGAAAAAGGGAUAAACUUUGCCUACAUGCCAUGCAGUGGGUGGAUGGUGAAGUUGCCCCCUAGAUGCUGAGCUAGGGACAGGUUUCCCCACUAAUGGUUAAGGUUACAAUUGGGGGGGAAGGGAAUCAUUUCAAUUUUUUUCUCUUUUUCUCUUUCUUUCUCUCUUUCUCUCUCGAUCUUUCUUUCCAUCUCAUCUCCCUCAUCCUGUUAUUGAAGAUCUUCACAAGCCAGGCUAGGUUAGGUUUCUGUAGAGGUGUGUGUUUGGUGUAGCUGUCUGUAUUAUAGUACUAGUGUUUAGAGGGAGACGGGUGAUGAGGAAGGGGAGGAGUGUUUGUGUGUGUGUGGGUUGGUCUGUUUUUAAGGAUCUGUCCUACGCAUGCCUGUGACUUCCUGCCCUCUCUCCUCCUCCUCUUCAUUCUCUUCCUCCUCUUUCUCUGUAUCCUUCCCUUCCUUCAGUACAAACAAUAUUCUACCUUUCUCAUGGAAUGGAAGCCUCAAACUCUCCUCCCUCCAUCUGUCCAUCCCACCAUACUGCCAUCAUUCUGUCCAUCCCACCAUACUGCCAUCAUUCUGUCCAUCCCACCAUAGUGCCAUCAUUCUGUCCAUCCCACCAUACUGCCAUCAUUCUGUCCAUCCCACCAUACUGCCAUCAUUCUGUCCACCCCACCAUACUGCCAUCAUUCUGUCCAUCCCACCAUACUGCCAUCAUUCCAUACACCCCUCCCUCCAUUUGUCCAUCCCACCAUACUGCCAUCAUUCUGUCCAUCCCACCAUACUGCCAUCAUUCCAUACACCCCUCCCUCCAUUUGUCCAUCCCACCAUACUGCCAUCAUUCUGUCCAUCCCACCAUACUGCCAUCAUUCUGUCCAUCCCACCAUACUGCCAUCAUUCUGUCCAUCCCACCAUAGUGCCAUCAUUCUGUCCAUCCCACCAUACUGCCAUCAUUCUGUCCAUCCCACCAUACUGCCAUCAUUCUGUCCACCCCACCAUACUGCCAUCAUUCUGUCCAUCCCACCAUACUGCCAUCAUUCCAUACACCCCUCCCUCCAUUUGUCCAUCCCACCAUACUGCCAUCAUUCUGUCCAUCCCACCAUACUGCCAUCAUUCCAUACACCCCUCCCUCCAUUUGUCCAUCCCACCAUACUGCCAUCAUUCUGUCCAUCCCACCAUACUGCCAUCAUUCUGUCCAUCCCACCAUACUGCCAUCAUUCUGUCCAUCCCACCAUACUGCCAUCAUUUCAUACACCCCUCCCUCCAUUUGUCCAUCCCACCAUACUGCCAUCAUUCUGUCCAUCCCACCAUACUGCCAUCAUUCUGUCCAUCCCACCAUACACCCAUCAUUCUGUCCAUCCCACCAUACUGCCAUCAUUCCAUACACCCCUCCCUCCAUUUGUCCAUCCCACCAUACUGCCAUCAUUCUGUUCAUCACACCAUACUGCCAUCAUUCCAUACACCCCUCCCUUCAUCUGUCCAUCCCAACAUACUGCCAUCAUUCCAUACACCCCUCCCUCCAUCUGUCCAUCCCACCAUACUGCCAUCAUUCUGUCCACCCCACCAUACUGCCAUCAUUCUGUCCAUCCCACCAUACUGCCAUCAUUCCAUACACCCCUCCCUCCAUUUGUCCAUCCCACCAUACUGCCAUCAUUCUGUCCAUCCCACCAUACUGCCAUCAUUCCAUACACCCCUCCCUCCAUUUGUCCAUCCCACCAUACUGCCAUCAUUCUGUCCAUCCCACCAUACUGCCAUCAUUCCAUACACCCCUCCCUCCAUCUGUCCAUCCGACCAUACUGCCAUCAUUCUGUCCAUCCCACCAUACUGCCAUCAUUCUGUCCAUCCCACCAUACUGCCAUCAUUCCAUACAUCCCUCCAUACUGCCAUCAUUCCAUACAUCCCUCCCUCCAUCUGUCCAUCCCUCCAUACUGCCAUCAUUCCAUACAUCCCUCCCUCCAUCUGUCCAUCCCACCAUACUGCCAUCAUUCCAUACAUCCCUCCCUCCAUCUGUCCAUCCCACCAUACUGCCAUCAUUCCAUACAUCCCUCCCUCCAUCUGUCCAUCCCACCAUACUGCCAUCAUUCUGUCCAUCCCUCCAUACUGCCAUCAUUCUGUCCAUCCCUCCAUACUGCCAUCAUUCCAUACAUCCCUCCCUCCAUACUGCCAUCAUUCUGUCCAUCCCUCCAUACUGCCAUCAUUCUGUCCAUCCCUCCAUACUGCCAUCAUUCCAUACAUCCCUCCCUCCAUCUCUCGGUCCAUUGAGCGUCUCCAUGAUGGGGCGGCAGCGUAGCCUUGUGGUCAGAGCGUUGGACUAGUAACCGGAAGGUUGCGAGUUCAAACCCCCGAGCUGACAAGGUACAAAUCUGUCGUUC